GAGGUCCUAGGGGCAGCCAGAGUGUCAUAAUCACUUGAGGGAGGGAGCCUUGAAACCCAUACUCACUCCCUGGGAGAGUAGAGAGAAUGGAGAGGGCAUCCUGUCUAUCACACAAGCAGGUGGGUCUCCUCUCUGCAGUAGGCCAUGGGACGGUGGUGGCAGCUCGUGUUACGGCUGUGGACAGUCGUGCCCAUCUGGGCUGGGGACGAGCUGCUCAAUGUCUGCAUGAACACCAAACACCACAAGCGAGAGCCUGGCCCAGAAGACCAGCUCUACGAUGAGUGCACCCCCUGGAAAGACAAUGCCUGCUGCACGGCCAGCACAAGCUGGGAAGCCCACCUCGAUGUGUCCCUGCUUUACAACUUCAGCUUGAUUCACUGUGGGUUGAUGAUGCCAGGCUGUGAGAAGCACUUCAUCCAGGCUAUCUGCUUCUAUGAGUGCUCCCCAAACCUGGGACCUUGGAUCCGGAAGGUCAGAAGGCUGGGCUGGGAGAGGGACUUGGCUGGGCCAGGAGAGCGAAUCCUGGAUGUGCCACUCUGCCAGGAGGACUGCGAGCAGUGGUGGGAAGACUGUCGGACAUCUUACACGUGCAAGUCCAACUGGCACGGCGACUGGGACUGGAGUCGGGGGAAGAACCGCUGCCCUGCGAGGGCCGUCUGCCACCCCUUCCCCCAUUACUUCCCCACCCCCGCUGACCUGUGCGAGAAGAUUUGGAGCAACUCAUUCAAGGCAAGCCCUGAGGGCAGGAACAGUGGGCGGUGCCUGCAGAAGUGGUUUGAGCCCACCCAGGACAACCCCAAUGUGGCCGUGGCCCGCCUCUUUGCCAGCACUGCCCCACCCUGGGAAGUCUCCUACAGUCUCCUGGCCUUCUCUCUGUACCUGUCAUUCCUAUCCUAAAAGCCCCUUCUCCCUCCCACACUCCUAUGCCCUACCCCCCCCCCCCCCCCCCCCCCCCCCGCUAUGGGUCAGGCCAGCGGUGGCAGCCUCCUCCCUUGGGUCCUUCCUUUAAUGGAGCAGAGCAGGCCAGGGGUUUGGUAGGGACGCUGAGGCUGCCGCUGGUGCCCAAGCCGUGAACACUCGGAGCUAGGCCCCCCUCCACCUCUCUGCUCUGCUUUCAGGGGC